CGCGCGAACAGACGAACGAUUGGACGGAGCCAAGCAGUCCACUCCCACUCCACCUCCACCCCCAACCCGAGGCGACAAGAUCCCGUCCCCGGCGGCGGAUCACGCCGCGCGCGCGCUUGCUUGCCUGCGUGAGGAGAGAAGAAAAAAGGAAGCAUAAAAAGAUGCGCGUCGGUUGUACUCCCUUUUUCUUCUCCUCACGCAGGAGCACUAGUUAGCGAUAUUCGGGCCGCGAGGAGCAGGAGGAGGGACGAGUCCGCACUCGGCACUCUGCAGGGAGGGCGGGAGGGCGAGACCGCGAGAAGGGGGAAUCAUGAGCGGAACAGGGUACACUGUGGAAGUCACUAACCUGUCAAGCAGCGCGUCUGAAAAUGAUCUUCAUGAGUUCUUCUCAUUCUCUGGACCUAUUGAGCAUAUAGACCUUAUCAGAUCAGGAGGAUAUGGUUCAACUGCUUAUGUGACUUUCAAGGAACCCUAUGCCUUGGAAACUGCAGUAUUGUUGAGUGGGGCUACCAUUGUGGAUCAGCCGGUGUGCAUAUCUCGUUGGGGACAGCCUGAUGAGCCUAGUAAUUUCUGGGACAGGCCAACUUGGCAGGUCGAGGAGGAAAUUGAAUAUAGGGACUACCAAUCAUGCCAGUUCAACGCCACUCCACAGGAGGCUUUGACAGUGGCUCAGGACGUCGUGAAGACGAUGCUGUCGAGGGGAUACAUACUGAGCAAGGACGCAUUGUCCAGGGCUAGAGCUUUCGACGAGUCCCACCAGUUAUCUGGAUCUGCGGCAGCAAAGGCUGCAGAGCUGAGCAGGAGGCUCGGCCUGACUGACAGAGUCAGUGCUGGUGUUGGCGCAAUCAGAUCAGUGGACGAGACAUACCAUGUUACCGAGACGACCAAGACCGUCGCCACUGCCACCGGAAGAACCGCGGUCAAGGUUAUGAACACCAUCGUGACGAGCAGCUAUUUCUCCGCAGGAGCUAUGAUGCUGUCCGAGGCUCUCACCCGCGCCGCCAAGGCCGCUGAAAAUCUGGCUGCUCAUGGCAGGCAGAAUUAAGUGGAAAUAAACACCCCGUUCGAACAGUUUGUUGUGUCGGUUAUACAAAAGUCGGUUAUUCAGACACCAUGGUCGAACUUAAGGUAUGAUAUAUUUAUGUGCUAUCUAUGAUACAGUAUAUAAUAACAGUAUUGUGGUAGCUAGAGCAAACUGUCAGUUAUUCAGACAACAAAUGUGGUUUGAACAAGCUAUGUGCAGAAUUCAGUCAAGGUGAUCGUGCAGUCAUGUCUCUGACUUUUCUGA